AUGUCAGCAAAGUCAGCUUUGCAGUCCCGACUAGCUGCUGCGCUCCCGAUUGGCAUCAGUCUUUGGGCAUACCAUAUUUCUACAACCCCCAGCUCGACAAGCCCGCUGUUCGCACCCGUGCCAGGGGAGAAAGAUGAGCCAACUCUGUGCGAAUCGCAUUUCCUUGCGGUAGCUUCGCCUCCUUCUAACGAUGGAAAGGAAGUUUUGGUUUACGCCGUGGAAAUAUUGAUCUUCAGCAGCCCCAAGUCAACAACUGUUUUCGUGUCCAAGGCUGAUUCCUCUGGCUUCUCGUCCCGCCUUAACGCGCCAAAACGCUCUCCAUCUGUCAUCGGGACCAUCAUUUCUACCUUUAUUGAGUUUCUACUUGAACCUCGUUUGAUCAGGUCAAGGGUUGUCUUGUCCCUCUUUGCCCGUUCACAGAACCAGUAUCUGUUUCCUGGAAGCAUUGAGAAUAAGGAAAAGCAUGUCCUCGACGAUAGACAGCUCAUCAAGUGGUGGUGUCGCGUGCUAGACAAUGUAUUGAGAAAGCAUGACGAGGGCAAAUCCGUCCCCUGCACAGCUACUGCACACCUCUUGGUCCCAGGAUGCGACAAGGCAGAGACAAGAGCCUUCUUUCCACCAUCAAGCCGUCAGGACCCGCCGUCGGAUCCAAAAUGGAUCAACUCAUACCCAGUGGAACUUCUCGUGACGGACAUUUCAAAGCCGCCUCGGCACCUAGUCCCGCGUUUGCCUGACGACCCAAAGUCUAGAUUUCUUGAUGACUUGGACGGGGAUUUUGUUGACGACCGAGGACAAUGGCGAAGUGUGAAAACCUUGGAACAGUUUUGGGAAAUGAUGUCUUACAGACAAGAAUGCUCGGCAGGCAGAUUGGUCGGAUUUCUCUGGCUCGUCUUUUCGCCGGGAAGGACUAGACACGAGUCGCUCAAUGCGCUUGAGAAGGCUGGGCAAACUGACCGCUCUAUGGAAGGACUAAACCGGUCAGAAAUUCCCACGCCUGAAGCGUCUCAACCACUUGCCAGCGAGAAGCCGGGUCUUGCAUUGGAGCCGCUGGUCGACCCCAAGGCUAUCGAGAAGGCCAAGACAACACCUCCAUCUUCGCCUGCUGCCGGUACGAAGGGAUAUCAUGCUGCGGCUUUCAGCCAUGAAAACCACAACAACCACAAUGGCGGCACUAUUUCGCCGCCCAGUCUGCCACGACUACAUCAACGAACCACAACAGCAGAAAAGGCCGACUCCCUUGGCACGCACGGAGAAGCAGUAUUAGACUCUAACCAAUAUCAGGCUUUAAUGGACCAGUUGCUGCAAAGCGAUUUCGCUGGUGAGGCCGUCGCUGUUGAAAGCACCAAACUAUGGAUCAAUAAGACAUUGGAAUUUUCAGGAACUGCCGGGCUUGGGUAUCUCGUAACCGGCGAGCGAACGCUGACCCUUGCGAAAGGGCUCGAACAAAACGGCCCGCCUCAAGUCAAUGUACUCACUGGCAUCCGCAGAAAAAGAAAAGUGGACAGCAUCUCUGGGGACAACCCCGCGUCAUCCGGGGGUGGCCUUACAUCUGCCGGCCAAACAAGCAAUGCAUUGCCUGAUAAUCUUGUGAGGAAAAGGGCAAAAGAAUAG